GGAUGAAGCAAGAGGGCGACGAUGGCCGACUUUUUUUCCGCGGCCUCCAGAACCGCGCCCACGAGAAGAUGAAGCUGCGAAAGAGAAAGUCAACUUUGUACCUCAGUCCCCGGAAGAGCACCGAGCGCCGCGGAGAUCUUCUUGGUGAAAACAUUUAUCUGGUCUUGUUUACCAUAGCAUUACGAAUAUGUAACUGUUUUUUAGUCCAGACAAGUUUUGUUCCAGAUGAAUAUUGGCAGUCUCUUGAAGUUGCACAUCACAUGGUUUUCAAUUAUGGUUAUUUGACCUGGGAAUGGACAGAAAGAUUGAGGGGUUACACUUAUCCCUUAAUCUUUGCAAGCAUUUACAAGAUUCUGCAUCUUUUGGGAAAAGAUAGUGUUCAGCUGCUGAUCUGGAUUCCUAGACUUGCCCAAGCACUUCUGUCUGCUAUGGCAGACAUUAGACUCUACUCAAUAAUGAAGCAACUAGAAAAUCAGCAAAUGGCAAAAUGGGUGUUUUUUUGCCAGUUAUGCUCUUGGUUCACAUGGUAUUGCUGUACCAGAACUCUUACAAACACCAUGGAAACUGUUCUCACUAUAAUUGCUCUUUUCUACUAUCCUUUGGAAGGUUCAAAGUCUGUGAACAGUGUCAAGUACUUGUCCCUGGUGGCACUUGCCUUCAUAAUUCGUCCCACAGCUAUCAUUCCAUGGAUACCUUUGGUCUUCAGACAUUUCUGGCAAGAACAGAAAAAGCUUGAUCUUAUUCUGCAUCAGUUUUUACCUAUAGGAUUUGUCAAUUUGAGUUUGUCUCUUAUAAUUGAUCGUAUUUUUUUUGGUCAAUGGACCCUGGUUCAGUAUAACUUCUUGAAAUUCAACGUGCUUCAGAAUCUGGGAACAUUUUAUGGUUCUCAUCCAUGGCACUGGUACUUCAGUCAAGGAUUUCCAGCUGUUCUGGGGACUCACUUACCCUUCUUUAUUCAUGGCUGCUUUCUGGCCCCAAGGAGGUACCGAAUACUUUUGGUAACUGUGCUAUGGACACUGCUAGUUUAUAGCAUGUUGAGCCACAAAGAAUUCAGGUUUAUCUAUCCAGUUUUACCAUUCUGUAUGGUGUUUUGUGUAACCUGCGCCAACCGCGAUCCAGAAGCAGAUGAUCCCUUUUCUGACCUAUCCUCAGGGUACUCACUAAACCACCUGAAAACGUGGAAGAAACCAGCUCUCAGUUUCCUGUUUUUAUCGAAUAUGCUCCUUGCCCUCUAUACUGGUUUAGUUCAUCAACGGGGUACUCUUGAUGUCAUGACUCAUAUUCAAGAACUCUGUUACAAUAAUCCCAAUAAAUCUCCAGCUUCAGUAUUUAUAAUGAUGCCCUGCCACUCUACUCCUUAUUAUAGCCAUGUCCACUACCCACUUCCAAUGAGAUUUCUCCAAUGUCCCCCAGACCUGACUGGAAAAAGCCAGUACCUUGAUGAAGCAGAUAUAUUCUAUCUGAAUCCCUUAAACUGGCUAGAUAAAGAGUUUCACAGUGAUUCAACAUUGCCUACUCACUUGAUCAUCUUCAGCAUUUUAGAGGAGGGCUAUGGUAAGCAAUAAGAGAAAUACUAUAUGUGAGGUACUCGCAAUGACUCGGACACAGUAAGUAAUCAACAAUUACAGUAUUAUUGUUACUACUGACUCACUAAUCUGCUUUGUACUUGUAUCUGAAUAGUCCUAUAAUUUUAUUGGCUAACAAUUCUUUUUCAUAAAGUUUGUUAGUAGUACAUACCUUAUAAUCUAUAAAAGAUUCUUGUUCCUGUUGACACUGGGAAAGAUAAUCCUUCAUAUCAUUCAAUUCAUCUUCAUGUAUCUUUCUGACUAACUGUUGACGCCUCUGAAUCUGAAUUGUGCCUGAAAAAUGAAAAUUUUUAUUAGGGAUAUAUACACACACACACACACACACAUAUAUAUAUAUAUAUGAGAAAUGUUAUGGUGACCAAUAUUUUAAAACAUAUAAUAAAACACUUAAUCUGUAUAUAUUUAACUGAUUAAUCUGGAUAGGAUCAUUUUAAGGCCAGCAUUUCACAGUUCUAUAAAAACUCUGAUUAUAUAAACAAAAGAUUAAGUAAAAUCUCAUGGUGUCAUUCAUCAAAUGGUGGUGGAUGGAUGUUAAUAUAGAUCAGCCCAAGUAGGUUAAUAUAUAUUUUUUUUUAUUUAGCAUACACCAAGGGACAUUUAAGUAGUUCACUAUCCUUUUGACUAAAACAAGCCAACCUACGUUACUCUUAAAAAAAUUAAAAAAGCUUUUAUUUUUAAUCUUACUAUAUCGAGGGCAGUCAAGUUUGUUGUUUUUGAGAGAUUGUUGCGGUACAUAAAGUGUUGUCUUCAGCAGGGAAAGAAACAAACCAUGGAAUCUAUUGACAGGAUGUAAGUCAAUAAGGAAAAAUAAGAAUGUCUCUUUUUUCUCACUCUAUUUGCCUAGUAAAUGAUGUAACACAGCCCAUAAAGUACAACAAGGAAAAAACUGGCUGUGAUUACUCACUAUUCUCACAGCCAAAUCGUUUAAGAGUUCUGCAUUAGUUAGGUCUGUCCUAGAGUACCAUCACCCCCAUCCCUGCGGUGAUAAAUCUUAAACCAACUAUAGGAUUCCCUAUAUUUUCACCCUAAAAACUAAAAUGUUAAUUUGCCAAGACAUGCUGUUCACGUGCUGCUACAUGCUUCAUGCAUGAGAGAGAGAAAAAAAAAAAACCACACACACACUGAAUCAAAAAUAAAGCAAAAGGCAUUUGGCAACCUUGACCUUAACAUCUACCAAGUGGCAUACUAUUAUUAUUAAGAUGUCACAGGAUUUUGUAAUGAAAGGAUGUAAUGAUAGCUUACUAUUUCUUCCCCUACUGCUAAAAAAAAUUAACUUUCAAUUUCUUCAAUAAUCUUGAAAAACACUAAAGAAAACUUUUGCCAAAUUACAAACAACUGUUACCAGCUAUGAUACUCUUCUGUUAAGGUUCACUUCCUCUCUUUCAAUUUUCCAAUUUAUAAAAGCAUGGCAAAUUUGUCUCAAUAUUACUCAAAAGAAUCUCAGAUUUUUUUAAGUGUUGAAAACUCAUUUUCAGUUCCCAGAAUAACAGAAAACCUCUUUUUUUUCAAACUGCUGACAGGAUGAAUUCCUUUACCCCUUGGAAAAUAACCUAAAAGUAUGUGUUGAGAUCUGAAUUUGCAGUACUAUCACAUAACAUAUAUUGGCUAUGUGGCCUUUAUCUAAUAACUAUUGGGGCUUUUUUCCCUACAUCUUUAGCUGCCUAACUACAAAGUGUUACCACCCAAGGUACAAUCUUUGGCCUUCUUGUCAUGUCUACAGAUCUGCCUAUCUUAAUCAUAAAAACCCAGUUUUUGUUACCACUGCUCUAAGAUUUCUCUUCUGAGUCCAAUCUUACCAGAGCUUCCGGCCAAUACAUCCACCUGCCUGUUUGGGCACAAUUUUGGGGGAGGCUUCAUGAAAAAAAUCGAACCUUAACACCUGCCCUAAACCAUUCUAGAAUAAAGUUGGAUAAAAACAAACCAAACUGUGCUCACCAUCUAUUUAUCAUCUAGCAAAACUUUCCUAGAAACACCCCCAAUUCCAAAAAUAAAGCAGCUAGCAUACUUCUUGGAAUUUAAAAAGUAAACCACCGAUAUCGUAAGUAUCCUGGCUCAAAGUUAUGUUUUCCAUUAUUACUUCAGUGUCCCUUAUUUCACUAACCUUCUCUCCAUCCCCAUCUUCACUAUAAUUGUAAACGCCUGAUCACCAAAUAGUAGGAUUACAUACCCUCUUAACUGUCUUAAUUUUUCCCAUACCAUAUGCCUCCUUGCUCUUUUCCUCUAAAAUUACCGUGAGGUUACUCUAUAAAUCAAACUCUUACCCAGAUUCCAAGAUGUUUUACAACAUAACACCAGCCCACGCACUCGAACGUUUUACUCCACUAUUUCUAAUUUAUCUACUCUGCUGUAGUCCAGUUUUCUCCUUGCUCCCAAACCCAGCAAAGUUUACUUUCAGGUUGUCAGGUUCUCCAUUGCUGGAAUGCUCCACUUUCCUUCUGCCUAGCAUAAGCGUAAGACCAGACCCUGCUCAAAUCCUACCACCUCCAGGAUGACUCAGUAAGUAUAGUUUUUGAGCUAUGAUUCUUUUCUGUGCUACAUAACUCAGCACUGUAGAUACAUUCUGUUACAGUGUCUGAAGAGCAGGGUAGCCUAUCAAUACUUAAAGUAACUCCAUGAGAAAAUUGAAUCAACUGAACUCCACUGUUGAUUUAGAAUAUGGAUAGCCUACAAUGUAAAGAAAGCAUCAGGAAGACAGGUGCUUCAUACAUGAAGAUUUUUUUAACUUUUGUACCUGAAGCAGUACCAAAUACCUGUAGUAAUCUGUUUUACUACCCUCAAUCCUAAUUUUCCCCUCCUUCUGGAAUAGAUCUAAUUCUCCAAAUUUAUAAAGAGCUGAGGUUGGCGAAUGUUCUGAGUAAUUCAUUUAAAUAGUAUGUUUUUGUUAAAUAAUUAGUAAGCAAACGAUUGAUUAUGGAGUAUGCAGUGACUAACUUCAUGGUGCAUGAGAAAUUCAAACUGGCUCUGAAAUCAAUUCAAAGGAGCUCUUAAAGUGUUGAUAUCAGUGCCAGAAUUAAGACAAAAACAUGAUGUCCUUUAAACAGUGCCCUUGAAAAACUAACAGUUUUUAUAUGUUCACUGAGCCAAUCUCAUCACCAUGCAAAACUAUUACAUAUUACCCAGGCUUUUCAUAUUCUGAAAAGAUAUCAUUAAAGUAAAUUUUACAAGUAACCAAAAUCUUAAAUAGAGCAGCAAUUUCUCAAUUUUGAGAGCACUCCUCUCUACAUUGUUCUACAAAAUACUUAAAGGUCAUGCAAUUGAUGGGGUUUUAAUGCAAUCUGGAUCAACAUUAAAUCACUGUCCAAUUUUUUUAAUAAGAAAAAAAGAUUAAGAUAAGACCUUCUCCUUUGUUACUUCCAUGUUUACCUGUGGGGAAAAAGAUCACUCUCAAAAAUACAUUCAUACAUUUGUUCCAGCUAGAUAAUAAACAAAAGUAAGCAUAUUACUUCAAGUCAAAUCUCAUUACAAUAAACUUCAAGGGAGGAUACAAAUUAUAGUAUCUCAGCAUUAAAGUCAAGCAGGCAUCCACCAGGAGUCUAAAAGCUCAUUUUUAUCAAUAUAAAGUUAAAUAAGAAGAAACACAUUUUACUGACUCUGACUUUAAACAAGUAUUGAAUGUCUUGUUUAUUCUAACAUUACACUAUGUAUGCUUUUAAUGUAUCUUUUCCAUAUAUUAACAAAGCGUACAUGUAACUCUUCAAUUUUUGCAUAAGGAAGACAUUGUUGAAAGGGGGAACUAGCAAAACAGGAAUAUUCCAAAAGUUAAAUUGUGGAUCCUAUCAGCAAAAACCUAGAAGUACUUCAUGUACGGCAAAUUGAAAUUUGUAAAGUUGACAAGAUCUAAAACGUUUAAGUGUUUUUUCAAAAUUCUAAUACAGAGUGUGUGAAUGAGUGUGAAAUGUUCAGUUCUCAAACAGUCUAAUCUUUGUACAAACAGACAUGUUAAAUAAGACUCCUCCCCAGUGAAAAAUUACACCACAUGGAAUUCCUUCCUCUUUUCAUCUAAGACACUUUUAAAAGGCUUUGCAUUAAAGAUAAUAUACAUAAAUACUAGUAAGGAUAAUAACAAGCAAAGUUUAGGGGCACCUGGGUGGCUCAGUCAUUAAGCGUCUGCCUUCAGCUCAGGUCAUGAUCUUGGGGUCCUGGCAUGGGGCUCCCUGCUCAGCAGGGAGCCUGCUUCUCCCUCUCCCUCUGCCCCUCCCUGCUGCUUGUGUGCUCUCACUCUGCUCUCUCUCUCUCAAAUAAACAAAAUCUUUAAAAAAAUUAAAAAAUAAACAAACAUGCAUGCUAAAAAUCCCUACAUUUCUUAAAUACCACCUAACCUAAGGGAAAACAGCUUUGUGAGAUAGGUAGCACUAUCCCCAUUUUCCAAAUGAGAAACCUGAGGCUCAAAUAGAUUGCAAGCUUUCCAAGGACAUAUAUUUAAUGAUGACACUAAAAACAGAUCCCAGAAUUCCUCUCUUAGCCAAGUGCCCAUACACACCAUUUGUUUACAUGUAACAAAUUUUCAAACACUUACCAUAGAAAUGUCCAAAUCCCAUGCUGAUUGCAAUCACCAAAGCAAGUAUAACACACUUAUUGAGACCACUGCUGAACUGGCGUUUACACAACUCCUUAGAGGGUUCAGUUUCUUGUUCGGGGAGUAGCCGUUCCUCAGAUUCUGAACUAGAGACAGUCUUCUUCCUAGCGCGGCGGCGUCUAAAAGCAGGACUAGGCUGAUGACUGGUUUCAUCACUACUUGAUUCAUCGUCGCUAGGCUGGGAUGAAAAUACUAUUUUAAAAAGAAAAAUGUAAAUAUUAAAAAUUUUAGAAUAGCUUUUCCAAUAAAUAUGAUUUAGAAUAAUCAAUGCCAUCCCUACAUGCCCUUUUACAUAAGACAGCCAAAAACAAAAACAAAACAACACAAAUAAAAACUCAAGUUUUCAAGUUUAUCAACAUAAAGCCAAAACAUAAAAGAUUUCAAUUGUGAUACAUAAGAAUCUAUUAAUCAUAUUCUGUGCCUUUGAGGGUCUAGCUGGUUUUAUUUUUUAAACUUCUCUUAUAGUUUACACUGUUAGAACAAUCAUUCUCAUAGCCUAUUAAAUUUCUUUGCUAUUACAGCCAUAAACAGAUACUGUUUCUGGAAAGAAAAAAAAAAACUCUCUUCAUUCAAUUUCAAAUAGACAUCAUUUAAGCUCAGCUGUUUAAGGAACACAGGGAGGUAUACGAAAAGUUCCUGUGACUUACAAAGUACAGUAACUACCAAAAGUUUUCUUGGGUGUAUCUGGACCCUAGUUUCAUUUCCAUCCUUUAUGAGUCCACAAUCAACAUUCACAGCACUACAGUUUAACACAGGUUUCCAGAAGUCAGAUGAGCCCUUCCCUUCGACUGCCACUCUUACUAGAAGGUUAUGAAUUUUACCCUCUAGUAAAUAUGUCAGCAUGAGGAAGUGACACAACAGCUAUCUCCGAUAGUAAGGACUAGUCUGGUGCUGCUCCUUUAUGAAAAGAACAGUAAACAACAACAAAAUCCAUAAGAAAUCUUAAGUCCUGGUAAUAUAUCCACUAACAAAAUCACUUUCAGUUUUCUUCAAAUGUAGAACUUGUUAACACUGUUCCAUCAAUCAAUAAACUACAUGUUGACACCGAAAGUUAGAUGGCUCAGUAAUAAUUUCCACAGGCCAGUUAGAAGGACAAAAAAAAAAAAGCAAGCACCAACAGUAAAAUGUGAACCUCAAUUUGAAACAAAGAGCUCCCAAUAACAAACAUACAUGCUUCAGAAAAGCAAAACAGUUCUUCAGACGACAGGCUAUCCAUGCCACAGGAAAGCUGGUGACUUGGGGCAGCCAGUACUUUUUAAAGAUGGGCCACAGAGGAUUCAGUUAACUUUCACACCGACAACAACACACACAAAGACAAAAAGAACUACUGAAUGAAGGAAUAUUCCUAAUAUUUAGUGAUACAGAUGCCACUGAAAGAUCUUUUGGUCAUGACCCUUAUGCCCAUCAUGUUUAUCUGGUUAUUCUUGAUCACUAGUUUUUCCCAGAUGCCGUCGCCUCAGCUGUGAGGUUACAUUUCUUGGACAAAGAGAAAGAAAGGAAGACUUAAACAAAGCAUUACAUAAUACAAAGGCAUUCAAGAUCAUGGCUGGAGUAUUUAAGAUGGGUAAAUGUAAAAACAAACCAUUUGUCAAAACUCCUUAAAUAAAUUUAAUUCUACGUUAGCAUACUGCCUUCAUUAUGAUUCUAAGUAAACAAGCCAGCCUAAUCCAUAUUAAUAAAUUCAUAUCCUUAUCUAAUGCUUCCGUCUUUUUUAACCCAUACAUCCAACAGCUAAAAUAUUCUGAGUUCUAAAUUUCUUUCAAAGCUUAAUUUGGCCCAUAGUCCAAGAUGCAGGCAAGGCAAAGGCAUGCAAUAAGCUUAACCGGCUUUAUUACAAGAUCAAUUUGAACACCAGUUUAGAGUAUCACAGAUGACAACAGUUAUCUUUAAAGCACUAAGUAAAUAGUAAAUGUGACUCGGCACACUCAGCUCUAGAAAAGCUGAUCGGAUUUAGUCACACCACCUUGGAAAGCGAGUUGGCUAGGAACAUGGGGUUUCAGCUGAUCAUCCCAUCCCCUUAUGCAUUCAGGAAUCUUCCACAGCUUCUCCCACCACCUUUCUUUUGUGAAUAAACAGGAAAAAAAGAUGUAUAAAGCUUUAUUAUAAAGAUUAAAAAGGAAAAAGAGAACUGAAAAUACUUAUUUUAAUUAUCACUGAACAUUGUUAUUUGUGUUCCAUCAAAAUUGAACAAUCACGCCUUUAAAAAAAAAACACAUAUGCAAUACAAACUUUUCCACGACUACCAACUUUGCUUUCUUGGGGGAGAGUCCAGUACGGGGGCAGUGGAUAGCUUCCUUAAAUGAACAAAGAGUAUAUUGCCACAAGAAUCUAAUUUAGAAGAAGAAAAAACUUGAAAUCCUACAGAGAUAGAGAAGAAAGGAAAGGAAAAAUCAAAAACCCAGGCAAUGGGUAGUAGGGGAUUAACAAACCAAAAAAAUAGAUGAGAGAGAAUGAAGACUCUUGACAACUGAUUUAUAUAUUUUCAAUUUUUUAAAAUUAUUUUAUGUAACACUUUCUUUACUGAAAUAAUUCAUUUCUUCAGGACAGAUAGCAAUGGAUAAAGAUACUCCUAGUAAUAUUUCCCUUAACUGAAACUGUAAAAUCCCCAAGAAGUCCAAGUUCAGAAAGGAGAUAAAAACCAGAAUAAUGAGCUCUGAAGUGUCCAAGUCCCUGAAAAAAUUAAGUUUGUAGGAUCAAUUUCUUAAAUGUCUGCUUGGACCCUUCUGCAAUACUCCUGCUUCAAUGUGACUACUUUUUCUGGCCCAUGAAUAUUCUCAAAUUAAACCAGCAUCUAUAGUCUUCCAAAAAAAUAAAGGAAAGAAAGAAGACUACUUGAAUACAGCGUGACUCCUGGAUUUAAACAAAUAAAAUAAAAUCUGAUAAACAAAAAAGAUUCUAAGUCAAUUCAUUAGUCCUCGUAAUAAAUAUACUAUGUAAACCAUUCUGGCAAAGUCUGACCACUAAGAAUGCCAGAUGAGUAUUUAAAUAUUUGAAUAAAGUGUUUUUAAGCUCCUGUUUAUAGGAAAUCUGAUAUACUAAUUGAAAAUAACUUGCCAUUAAAUGAGAUAGCUAAAUAUCUCUACUUGACAUUUUAUUAGCAUGAAGUGGAAUAACAGAAAUUCCAUUGUCUGAUUCUAGCAAAUGUAAAUAUUAAAGAAUGGUAAACUCUAAGAAAAUGACCUGAAAUAAACACAUCCUUAUUUUUGCAUCAAAUUAGGAACUUUUGGAAUCACUAGCAGUGUUCCAACUUGUCUUUCUCCCAAUUCAUCCCUGAGUUACAAGGGUUGGUUAAAAACUGUGAGUUAAUGAUAGUUUUGAUUCUUUUAUUUCCCAGUAACUUUGUGUGUAAAUAUUUAUGUCCACCUUGAAAGAUGUUAUAUACAUCCCUCAAGCUGAGUCAAAGAAAUAUAGAAAGGAAUUAUCUCAGGAACUCACAUUUUAACCUCCAAAUCACUGUCUGAACAGUAGGCAUUAAGUGCGUUAAUAACAUGACUUAAAAUAGACACACUUUCAUAACUCAAUCUAAAAUGAAAGAUACAAAGGUCAGGGGCUUUGGGAUACUGACGUACUGCCAGCUCUUUGAACUCUGUUUAGCACAUAAGUAGCAUUCAAUAAAUGUUUGUUAAAUGAUUAAUAGUUGAAAGGAUCUUUUUUUUUUUUUAAGAUUUUUAUUUAUUUGCGCGAGAGAGAAUGAGAGACAGAGAGCAUGAGAGGGAGGAGGGUCAGAGGGAGAAGCAGACUCCCUGCUGAGCAGGGAGCCCAAUGAGGGACUCAAUCCCGGGACUCCAGGAUCAUGACCUGAGCCGAAGGCAGUCGCUCAACCAACUGAGCCACCCAGGUGCCCCAACAGUUGAAAGGAUCUAACAGACUUCAAUAAGAAGCUUCUUUCACAAUUUCUAGAAUAUAAAAUUUGUACCAUUUUAAGUAGAAAUCUUAACUUUCUCCUGCUUUUAGUUAUAAUGGCUCAAUCUUCCACCCUUAAAUAUCUAAAAUAUAUCAAAUGCAUUUCAGACUGUUUCAGGUAAUAACAAAGCUCCUUGAAGAUACUUUUUCAUUGUUUACUUAAUAAAAGAUGGUAUUUAUUGUUAUAGCAAUUCUGCUCUAGGACCUACAAUCUAAGAAAACACUAGAUAGAACAGUAGAUUUUACAAAAAAUCUCAAAUAUAUUUAAAACUUGGCCAUUUUAUAAAACGUGGUCAUAGGAGACCUUGAGUCUCUAUCAGUGUAUUCUUUACACAGCUCUUACCAGUUUCUGGCUGACAGAAUGUAUAUUGGCUGCUGGAAGAAGAGCCCAUGUUAAAGUCUUCUGGACUCUGUGCUUCUUCAACAAUUAGAGCUUCUGGAUUUCCAAUUUCUUCUAACUUAGGUGGCUCAAGGGUAACAAUAUCAGAAUCAUCACUGACAGUCCCAAAAUAGACAUUGUCUUCAGAUGACUUUUCUUCUCUCUGAGGAAUAAUUUUAAAGACAGUAAAUUUAACAAUUAUUUAAGAGCCUUGUAUUUUCUAUUUAUUUAGCUCAAAGUAUACAACAGUACUUAAGUAGUAUGGUAAUUUCGGCUUAAAAUAAAAGAUAGAGGAGUCCUGCCCAAAAGACAAAGAUUACAACAGCAGGCUCAUCUUUUAGUUUGAAAACACCAUCAAACCCCUUGGCGAUUCUCUCAGAAUUAGAUCAAACUAAUCCUUGUAGGCAUUAGAUCAAUGUGCCUAAUCAUUGUAGGCUACAAAAGCUGACAAACUCACCUUUAAAAACUAAGGACAACAGAAAAAGAGAGGAUUCAUUUCUCACUAAUUCCACGGGUUUAUUUGAGCCUAACUCUGUAGUCAGGAAGCCCAUAAGACUGAUUACAAAUUUCUCUGGUUAUGUAAGUAAUAAACUUCGAUAGCUAUGCCAUGUAAAAAUCACCUAAUCUAGUUUUAUCCAAAAGUCAAGUAAAACAUCAAAAAAGAAGAUUUAGUUUGUUCUCAAAUUUAAAAACGAAUCUUCCUUUUUAGAUAAACCCUAAUAAUUUCUCAAUAUAAUUCAAGAAUGCAAUCUAUUUCCCCAAAAAAAUUUUAUUAGAGAGUAAAUGAAUAGAAAUUACUUUUGUAAUUACUUUGGUAAAUUAAAAGACAUCUCACUUAAGAGUUUGUAAGACAGACACUAACUCUAAUCAUAAAAGUGACCAAUCUGUGGAAUCAAAAUUUUUAAUAAAAGUUGUUUAUAAUUCAAAGAGAAAAAAAAUGCACAACUAGAAAUGGAAGCUUUAAUUAUUCCUUAGUAUUCACUAAGGAAUAUUCCUUAUCGUAUAUGCACAGAGUACAACACAAGUUUACCUCAAGGGCUGACUUCGUUUCCUCCAAAGCUGGAUAAGCAGUUUCUCCCAUUAACACUGUGUCAUUCUGGCUACUCUCUGAUAUAAAGCAAAGAUCAAGUCAAUCAAUUACACUCAACUGAGUUUUUGUAGUCCACACAGAUUAAAAUCUGAAUACAUAAAAUCUAGUCCUAAUUUUUUAAAGUGGAUUUAAUUAAAUGUCACAUACACUACCACUGCUAAAAAGUUCUCUGGUAAUUGAUUUAUAUAUAGUAUUUUCAACAUAAUCCAAAAUGUCUUUUUUUUUAAUUAUUUUAUAUAACACUUUCUUUACUGAAAUAAUUCAUUCCUUCAGUAGAGAUAGCAAUAGAUAAAAAUACUCCUAGGAAAAUAUUUCUCUUAACUGAAACUGCAAACCGUUGCUAAAAAGAUCUCCAUAUUUCAAAUAUAAUUAUUUGAAAUUGUCAGAGGAUAAUUUCAGAUACUGAAUUCAUUUAGUAUCUACUAAAAAAAAACAUAUAAAUCUCUAAGUAAACAUAAUCUCUACUUUACAAUACGAAAGUCCUGAAUCCAGGGUGUCUGUAAAAACCUGUUAAUAUGGAAAACCAAUUUUCAGACAUCUGAUGGUACAUUUCCUGAAUUUCUAAAAGUAGCACUAUUCUAAUGACUAGUAACACAAGAAUCAAAACUAUAGCUUCAAAUUAUGAAUUCUUUGCAAUAAAAAGGACUAUAUAAAACAAGGAUUCAAAAGAACACAGAAAAACAAGAAAAUAUCACUAUAGCAGAUAUAUUUUAUAAGAAACUCCUCAAAGAAAAAAAUGUACAAAAAAACUAGAGGUCAUAAAAUUAUAUUUUUAAUGAAAAAUGCUAUAAAAUUGAAAUUAAAAAUAUUAAAACAAUAUGAUAAACAUAAAUUUUAUGCAUAGCAAAGAGCACACACCAAAUGCUAAUAGCAGUUACUGCCAGGUAAAAAGAACUAAAGGUGACUUAAAAUUUUUUUUGCUCAUCAUUUUUCCUGUCAUGAAUGUGUAUUUUUCUCAUAUAAUUGAGCCCCUCCAAAAAAACAGAAGAAAAAAAAAAAGAAAAACUACCCCAUUUGUACGUGUUACAAAGCCCCUAACAGCAUAUUAAUCUGAAAUUAAGACUCUUUAACAAAGAUGGACUUGGGUCCAAGGACUCCCAAGGAAGUGUGGAAGUAAUUUUACAUAUGUGAGUAUGUGCAUUUCUUGGGAGAAAUCAUCCACAGCUUUCAGAUUCUCAAGGAGAUCU